GUCUUCCUGGUCUCACCUACAUUCGGAACCCUCCUUUCCCAUUUGUCCAAACCGUCUUCUUUUAGCUGCGAUCGCAUCCCCAAAAGCCAACGUCAGAAAUUAAGCCACUCAGGAAACCUCACGACAUUACAAGACUCUGCUACACAUCCCGUCGCCGCCUUCGAACUCGCCCGCCAUGGACCGUAUCAAGGAGAAAAUGAACCAGCUCCGGCUGGAGGCGGACGAGUCUAACGCCAAGGUGGAAGAGCUCCAGGCCAAGCUCAAGGUCCUCGAGCAGGAGAACCUCAGCAAGGAGCAGGAGAUCACCUCGCUGCAGCACAAGAACGGCGUCCUGGAGGCCGAGGUUGAGAAGGUUGAGGAUGCUGUCAAGAACCUGAAGAAGAUGAACGACGACAACCAAACGGCAGGUACGCAGAACGAGAGCCUCACUCGCAGGCUGCAGUUGCUGGAGGAGGAGGCCGAGGAGGCAGACAAGACACUCAGGGAGACUAACGAGAAGCUUCGUCAAACCGACGUUAAAGCCGGCCACUUCGAGCGCAAAGUCCAAGCUCUCGAGUCGGAGAGAGACAGCUGGGAGACGAAAUACGAGGAGAUGGCACAGAAGUACGCCAAGACUCAGAAGGAGUUGGAGGACCUGCUGGCCGAGGUUGGAAACAUCUAGAUCUUCCCUUUCGAGAACCGACCUGGCCGCCGAGGCGGGUAUUUAUUUGCUGUGCGAGUCGCAGGUGGAAACUUCCCGGGUUCAUGUACCGUUUUACCCCUUGAUUUCUACAUGCCCCUUUUAAACCGAAUCGAGCAACAAGCACAUCGCCAUUGCACCAUUCGAUGCACAUAUUUGCCUUCUAGUCAAGUGGAUUGCACAGGCCUGUGUGCGAGUUUAGGGAUGCAGACUUCUCCUCUUGUAGGUAGGAUCAAGAAGUCAACUAAUAUAGUGUUGUGUGGGGAAGCUGUGCUCUCGCCCUGGAACGAUUACGCGCGGCCCUUUCUCCAAGCUUAUUACCUGAGAGUCCAGUACGACGGCUGGG